GCAAGGGAGUGGCUCCUUUUCCUCUCUGCUGAGCUGAGAUCUACGGUUAGCUGUCCCCACCGCAGCCAGCGAUGGGCAUCUGGGGGUCGCAUCUGUACUCCACGCAGCCGGAGAAGCUGGAUGAACUGAUCCAGAACUCCCUGAGGCCCUACGGAGAAUGUCAGAAACAGAUCGAUGACAGCGUGGACGCCAUCUGUGCCGCCCUGGAGGAAACCAGGCAGAUCCCCGACGUAAUAUGUGUGGCUAAAGGCGGUUCCUACGGCAGGAACACGGUGUUGAGGGGCAACUCCGACGGUACGAUUGUCGUCUUUGUCAGUGGCCUCGAGCGGUUCCAGGAUCAGAAGAAAAGCCACGAUGAAAUCGUCGGCAAGAUCCAGCAGUGGCUGGAGGCCUGUCAGUUCACCAUGAGGCUGGCGGCCAGAAUGGAGGUCCAGGAGCUCCAUGGAAGGCUCACCCUCCAGCUGUUCACCAAGUGGCAGAGCCUCACGUUCGAGGUGCUCCCUGCCUACAACGCUCUGGGCGUAAGUGAGAAGCCCAGCCCUCAGACCUACCGAGACCUCAAAAGAGCCUUGGAUAUGACAAGAGCCGUCCCCGGUGAAUUCUCCGUCUGCUUCACAGAACUCCAGCAGAGGUUUUUCCACAACCGGCCCAGAAAACUGAAGGAUUUGAUCCUCUUGGUAAAGUACUGGUACCAACAGUGCCAGGCAAAGCUGAAUGGGUGUCCCCCGCUGCCCGUGUAUGCACUGGAGCUGCUGACUGUCUAUGCCUGGGAACAGGGCUGUGGGGCGGAAAACUUCGACAUCGUGGAAGGCAUCAGAACCGUCCUGGGGCUAAUCAAACAGCAGGAGCAGCUGUGUGUCUAUUGGAUCGUCAACUACAACUUUGAGAACGAGACGGUCCGGAACAUUCUGCUGAGCCAGCUCCGAUCAUCGAGGCCGGUCAUCUUGGACCCAGUGGACCCGACCCACAAUGUGAGCAAAAAUAAGGCGUGCUGGGAGCUGCUGCAGCGGGAAGCUCACACCUGGUUGUCUUCUCUCAGCCCCAGUGAGUCGCCUGGACCAUCGUGGAAUGUUCUGCCGGCGCCACUGUACGCGACCCCGGGCCAUCUUCUGGAUAAAUUCAUCAAGGACUUUCUCCAGCCUGACAGACGUUUCCUGGACCAGAUCGCGACAGCUGUUGACGUCAUCUGUAAAUUCCUUCAGAAAAAUUGCUUUCCGCAUUCAGCUACAAGAGUUCAGAAAACCGUCAAGGGAGGGUCAACCGGCAAAGGCACAGCUCUGAAGACCGGCUCCGAUGCCGACCUCGUAGUGUUCCCAGACUCGCUUAAAAGCUACACCUCCCAAAAAACCGAGAGAUGCAAUAUCAUCAAGGAAAUCCGUAAACAGCUAGAAGCCUGUCAGCAGAAGGAAAAGUUUGAAGUGAAGUUUGAGAUUUCCAAAUGGAAGACUCCCAGGGUGCUAAGCUUCUCUCUGAAGUCCAGAGUGCUCAACGAAAGGGUUGACUUUGAUGUGCUGCCUGCAUUUAACGCUCUAGGUCAGCUGAACUCUGGCUCCACACCCAACCCCAAGGUCUAUGCAGAGCUCAUCGACCUGUAUAAAUCCUCAGACGCCAUGGAGGGAGAAUUUUCCACCUGCUUCACGGAGCUGCAGUGCAAAUUCGUGGCCUCUCGACCCACCAAAUUGAAGGAUUUAAUUCGUCUGGUGAAGCAUUGGUACAAACAGUGCGAAAGGAAACUGAAGCAUAAGGGGUCUCUGCCCCCAAAGUACGCCUUGGAGCUGCUCACCAUCUACGCCUGGGAGCAGGGGAGCGGGGCAGAGAAUUUCGACACCGCGGAAGGAUUCCGGACCGUCUUGGAAUUGGUCACAAAAUAUCAGCAGCUCUGUGUCUUCUGGACGGUCAACUACAACUUUGAGGAUGAGACCGUGAGGAACUUCCUACUGACCCAGAUCCAGAGAACCAGGCCCGUGAUCUUGGACCCAGCCGAACCCACUGGUGACGUAGGUGGAGGGGACCGCUGGUGCUGGCAUCUUCUGGCAAAAGAAGCUACUGAAUGGCUGUCUUCUUUCUGCUUCAAAGAUGGGACUGGCUAUCCUGUACGAUCGUGGAAAGUGCCAACAGUGCAGACUCCAGGAAGUUGUGGAGUUGGGAUCCAUCCUAUUGUCAAUGAGGUGUUCUCAUUCAGAAGUCGUAGAACCCUGAAUGCUAAUGUGAGAAGAAACUUCUAGAGGUCUUCUGGCAGCUGCUUUUUAAAGAACCGGUUCACUUGCAUGGAAUCACAAUCCCUUGCCAAUCUCCACUACUCCUUCUCUCGCUUCUUCGACUCCUCUUGAAGUCAAGAUCACCGCUAAGUCCUUCAUGGUGUCACUCUGCUGAAUGCUCACUCUGCAAGUGACCUGCCUUGCCCAAAAUAUCCGCUCUCACCCAGCUUCAUGGGCGCCAUAUUUCUGUCAGCCAUUGUGUUUCAUGGGCGCCAUGUUUUCUAUCAACCAUUGUAUGUUUUCCAAGUUGCUCCUUCCUUUUCCUUCAAGCCUUAGCAGAAGGAUCUCUCUGUAUUCCCAAAAGGAAGCCCUUCACCUGCCUCUUGGUUCCUAUAAUUCCACAACCUUGCUCUCCCACUCCUCCACAUUGCCUGCCUCCUGUCUGGUUCCCUCCACACACAAAACCCUGUCUGUCUACACCUGCUGAAUUAAAGGUCUCCUCAGCCA